AUGAUCGACGAUACUAGACAGCUCCAAUAUGGCGGUCCGGGCCCAACCAUGCCUCGAGCGGCCCUUCGGGUAUCAGAUCACGUCCAAAAAAUCUUGGAACACCCCGUUGCGAGACUGCACGCCAACCAAUGGGCUCGCAGCCUUCGAUUUCUGACAUUUGAUGAUAUUGAAGAGGUGGCCAGCGAGGAGAAUAGCAGACUGGUCCCUGUAGCUGGGCCAGGACAGCAUCCAGGGAGUACUCAGCCUCUUCGUGGCCAAUGCCAGCCAUGCCAGAGAAGAGAGCCUUUGCCUUCGGGCCAUAUGUGCGCAGGGCAUCGGGUUAGCGAAGACGCGGCCAAGAAGCGCGAGGCCGAACUCCUCAAAUACUCGGAUCCGGGAAAGUUGACGAGGUUUCGCAUUCGGAGAGUCUUCCCGCCCGAUUUCAAGGGGUCCGCUCAUUGCGACCAUUUCGUCGCUGUCUCGUAUUGUUGGUCCAGCGAGAACAAUACGGAGUCGGAGCCGUACAAGGUGGUCGAAGAAGACGGUACCGUCCGCAAUGUGCGGGCCCAGAACAGUACGAUAGAUCGAGUGGUAGCGUACGCUCGUGAGAACGGUUUCCGGAUGAUCUGGAUUGACCAGGAAUGCAUCGAUCAGGAUCACCCGAAAGAAAAGGAGCUUGCAAUACAGUCUAUGGAUCUCGUGUACCUGAGGGCUCGCAGAUCCAUCGGGCUCCUUCAGACCCAGCUACAACAGAAGCAUCUCGAAUGUUUGUCUAUGGUGUAUGAAAGCCACAUCAUGCCCCGUUCCCGACCACGCCGUGGAAAGUCGGCUUUUACCCGUUGUCACAAGGUUGAACUUGAAACUAUGCGUGAGACGGUAUCCAUGGUCGUCAACGACAAGUGGAAUACACGCGCUUGGGUUCUCCAAGAGGCUUUUGCUUCGAGUGGGAACAUGUUGCUCCUUUUCCCAAAGGCUGAUAAGGUCGACUUACGUGGUUGGAUGAUGAUAUGCCACGAGGCUUCACGUAGCGAAUUGGCCAUUCGUCUGGAUACCAUCCAGAGCUGCAUCGCCGUUUGUGGGCGGAUGAUACAGCCUCUCUUGAGCCGGGCGUUGAAUACCGACACGGGCAAGAACAACAGACCAGGCCGACAACGAAGAAAGGCCAGGGGCAAAAAGCAGAAGGACCCUGACCCUGAAGAGAUCCGGGUUACGAUGCAGAGGAUUCGAUUCUUUCAUCCAUCGGCGCCCAACAGCGGAGGAUCCUUCUGGGCCAAUGGGUCAAAGAACAAGCGAACAUGCAGCGCAGCCGUUGCUCUCACCUAUCUCCGAUUGCGGGACCUAGAGCGAGUCGCAGACAAGCUGGCCAUCGUGGCGAAUCUAUGUGGCUACCGCCUACGCCUGAACACCGUGGAGUUGGAUGAAACUCAGCCAAGUCUGGCUGUAUGCACGUUGGUGCUCGCGAUCGCCAAUGGUGACUUUUCCCUGCUGAUCCCGCAAAUCUAUCACUUGCCGCAGAGCAAGGUCCUGGAGUUUCCACUGGCUUCGGGUGAUCAAUCUGACUUCUCCUGGGCCCAUUCUUUCACCCAGUGUCUCCAAGACGUAGAAGCAGAGAAUUGGAACCCGUAUGGACCAAUGUCAGGAGCCAGCGUAGCCACUUUUGUCGACCUUACUCCCCGUGGACUCUCAUUUCCUGGGAGCAUGUGGAGACUCGACGAUUUUGUGGACUUGAAACAAAUCAAGGCAAAAUACGCUGCUUCAUGGCUGCGGAUGCGCCGAGCUCAGGGGCCGUCCCGCCCUUCCGGAAGGACCAUUGAGCUUGCAACAACGCAUAUUCUGUUCGAGAUUCUGGAGACUCUGAAGACCAGAGGCGAGAAGCAAGUAGCUAAUUCUAUUCUGAACUCUACUUCAAAUUGGCGCUGGAGGAAUCACGGAGCUUUUUUUACGGAUGUCCUCGAAUCGGUGGACGAUUUUCCGUCAGGUCUGAGAAUCGAGAAUCGCAAAGGGCUCUUCGACCUAGAUCGCAGUCCAGAUGGUUGGUUACACCAGUGUUGGAUCAUUGACAGGGUAAUGGAGACGGGCGGCUUCUGGACAGGGACGCUUGAGGAGCACGAGUCUUUGCUGCAUGACCAACCCAGGGACCCUGGAAGAAUCACUGACCUAUCCUCACACAAGAGCAAGGCACCUGAGACAACUCCUCAAAUCCAAGAGCGUGGUCUGGUACUGGGUAGCUCAAUGGGGAACGAACAGAGACACAAGAAGAAGCACCGCGGUCACGCAAGGCGUCUGGUCCAAUCCUUUAUGUUGUCCAUGGCGGUCGGCGAAGUUGAGGAAAUAGCCCAUGACGAGGCUGAGGACUUAGGCGCACCACCCGACGACCACCAAGCGGCGGUCAUGAAGCAUGUCUUCACAGCUCCACAGGCCAUGUCCUCCCUCGCCUUGAUGUGCUAUGACAUGACGGAGCAGGAUAGCGGCCGUCACCAUCACAAGCGACGGGCCGUGUUCGACGUGACCGGAAAUGCAGGAAACACGGUGCAGGUGCUUACGCCCUUUAAUCCGGUGUUAGAGUCCAUCCCGAGGCCGGCAAUGCGGAGUAUGGCAAUCUCGUGGAUCGUCGAGGAUGUUGGGGAUGCUGCUGGCGAGGAUGGAUUGGGUCGGAGAAUCAGGGUGACAGGCAUGGCAAACGGGAUGUGGGAAUUUGACACUACGAUAACGGGCCGGUACAAUGUUAUAUAA